GGCGCCAGGGAUUACCAAGUGGUCCAAGGUGCGUCAGCGUGAGGCUUUAAAAGCUCCUGGUGCAUCCCUCUGCCGCUCAGUCUUUACCCACGCUGACGAGCAGGAGCUGGAGCCGGAGCCGGAGCGCACAAGCUCUCAUUUCUCAUUUCCUCUUCUUACUUUUGGAGGGUAAAUCCGCAAACUGAAGAAGCAUGUCGGUGGUGAGCUCAGUGUCUUUCCUCAAGCCGCUCCGCAUGCGCUCCCCGGUGGCGCAGGGACGUCGACACACGCUGCCGGCCAGCGAGUUCCGCUCGCUCAGCCCUGAGGACGCCAUCAGCGUCUUUGAGAUCGAGAGAGAAGCGUUCAUCUCCGUGUCCGGCGAGUGUCCUCUCCUGCUGGACGAAGUGCGUCACUUCUUGACUUUGUGUCCCGAGCUGUCCCUGGGUUGGUUCGAGGAGGGUCGCCUGGUGGCCUUCAUCAUCGGAUCACUGUGGGACCAGGACAAGCUGACCAUGGACGCCCUGACGCUCCACAAACCCCACGGCAUGACGGUGCACAUCCACGUGCUGGCGGUGCACCGCACCUUCCGCCAGCAGGGCAAAGGCUCCAUCCUGAUGUGGCGCUACCUGCAGUACCUGCGCUGCCUGCCCUACGUGCGCCGGGCCGUCCUCAUGUGUGAGGACUUCCUGGUUCCCUUCUACCAGAAGUCCGGCUUCAAGUCCCAGGGCCCCAGCCGGAUCUCCGUGGGGCCCCUCACUUUCGUGGAGAUGUGCUACCCGGUCCGAGGACACGCCUUCAUGCGGCGGAACAGCGGGUGCUGAAGGGGACCGGGAGUCCCACGGACUAGACCCAGGUGAGGGUCCUGAUCUCCACUGGUAGUUCCACGGACUAGACCCAGGUGAGGGUCCUGACUUCCACUGGUAGUUCCACAGACUAGACCCAGGUGAGGGUCUUGACCUCCACUGGGAGUCCCACGGACUAGACCCAGGUGAGGGUCCUGACCUCCACUGGGAGUCCCACAGACUAGACCCAGGUGAGGGUCCUGACCUCCACUGGUAGUUCCACGGACUAGACCCAGGUGAGGGUCCUGACCUCCUCAGUGAGACAGUGACACACCUGAAGACUGGACACACCUUCUCUCUCACGCCCCUUUUGACUGACCUCCGACCUCUUGUACAACAGGGGUGUCCAAAUUUUUUCCAUCGAGGGGCGCACACGGAAAAAUGAAAACAUGCGAGACCAUUUUCAUAUUUGUCAUUUUCAAAACACAAAAUAUACUUUUUUUUUUUUUUUUUACCUUUAAGGCCCCCUUCAAAUCAUCUGUUGAUAAAAACGUGGAUUUUUUUUAAUAUAACUCCUACAGUAAAUCUAACUCCUACGGUAAAUCUAAUAAAACUCCUACAUUAAAUCUAAUAUAACUCAUACAGUAAAUCUAACUCCUAGAUUAAAUCUAAUAUAACUCCUACAGUAAAUCUAAUAGAACUCCUACAUGAAAUCUAACUCCUACAGUAAAUCUAACUCCUAUAUUAAAUCUAAUAUAACUCCUAUAUUAAAUCUAAUAUAACUCAUAUAUUAAAUCUAAUAUAACUCCUAUAUUAAAUCUAAUAAAACUCCUACAGUAAAUCUAACUCCUACAUUAAAUCUAACUCCUAUAUUAAAUCUAAUAUAACUCCUAUAUUAAAUCUAAUAUAACUCAUAUAUUAAAUCUAAUAUAACUCCUACAGUAAAUCUAAUAGAACUCCUACAUGAAAUCUAACUCCUACAGUAAAUCUAACUCCUAUAUUAAAUCUAAUAUAACUCCUAUAUUAAAUCUAAUAUAACUCCUAUAUUAAAUCUAAUAAAACUCCUACAGUAAAUCUAACUCCUACAGUAAAUUUAACUCCUAUAUUAAAUCUAAUAUAACUCCUAUAUUAAAUCUAAUAUAACUCCUAUAUUAAAUCUAAUAUAACUCAUAUAUUAAAUCUAAUAUAACUCCUAUAUUAAAUCUAAUAAAACUCCUACAGUAAAUCUAACUCCUACAUUAAAUCUAACUCCUACAGUAAAUCUAAUCUAACUCCUACAGUAAAUCUAACUCCUAUAUUAAAUCUAAUAUAACUCCUAUAUUAAAUCUAAUAUAACUCCUAUAUUAAAUCUAAUAAAACUCCUACAUUAAAUCUAACUCCUACAUUAAAUCUAACUCUUACAGUAGAUAUAAUAUAACUCCUACAUUAAAUCUAACUCCUACAUUAAAUCUAAUAUAACUCCAACAGUAAAUCUAAUAUAACUCAUACAGUAAAUCUAACUGCUACAGUAAAUCUGACUCCUACAUUAAAUCUAAUCUAACUCCUACAGUAAAUCUAAUCUAACUCCUACAGUAAAUCUAACUCCUACAUUAAAUAUAACUCCUACAUUAAAUCUAAUAUAACUCCUACAGUAAAUCUAACUGCUACAUUAAAUCUAAUAGAACUCCUACAUAAAAUCUAACUCCUACAGUAAAUCUAAUACAACUCCUACAUUAAAUCUAAUAAAACUCCUACAUUAAAUCUAACUCCUACAGUAGAUAUAAUAUAACUCCUACAUCAAAUCUAACUCCUACAUCAAAUCUAACUCCUACAUUAAAUCUAAUAUAACUCCUACAGCAAAUAUAAUAUAACUCCUACAGUAAAUCUAAUAUAACUCCUACAGUAAAUGUAACUCCUACAUUAUAUAAAAUAUAACUCCUACAGUAAAUGUAACUUCUACAUUAAAUCAAAUAUAACUCCUACAGUAAAUCUAACUCCUAGAUUAAAUAUAAUCUAACUCCUACGGUAAAUCUAAUAUAACUCCUACAUUAAAUAUAACUCCUACAGUAAAUCUAACUCCUACAUUAAAUCUAAUAUAACUCCUACAGUAAAUCUAACUCGUAGAUUAAAUCUAAUCUAACUCCUACAUUAAAUAUAAUAUAACUCCUUCAGUAAAUCUAACUCCGACAUUAAAUCUAAAAUAACUCCUACAGUAAAACUAACUCCUAGAUUAAAUCUAAUCUAACUCCUAGAUUAAAUCUAAUCUAACUCCUACAUUAAAUAUAACUCCUACAGUAAAUGUAACUCCUACAUUAAAUCUAAUAUAACUCCUACAGUAAAUCUAACUCCUAGAUUAAAUCUAAUCUAACUCCUACAGUAAAUCUAAUAUAACUCCUACAUUACAUAUAACUCCUACAGUAAAUGUAACUCCUACAGUAAAUCUAAUAUAACUCCUACAUUAAAUACAACUCCUACAGUAAAUCUAACUCCUACAUUAAAUCUAAUACAACUCCUACAGUAAAUCUAACUCCUAGAUUAAAUCUAAUCUAACUCCUACAUUAAAUAUGAUAUAACUCCUACAGUAAAUCUAACUCCUACAUUAAAUCUAAUAUAACUCCUACAGUAAAUCUAAUAUAACUCCUACAGUAAAUGUAUUUCCUACAUUAAAUCAAAUAUAACUCCUACAGUAAAUGUAACUCCUACAUUAAAUCAAAUAUAACUCCUACAGUGAAUGUAACUCCUAGAUUAAAUCUAAUCUAACUCCUACAUUAAAUCUAAUAUAACUCCUACAGUAAAUCUAACUCCUAGAUUAAAUCUAAUCUAACUCCUACAUUAAAUAUAAUAUAACUCCUACAGUAAAUCUAACUCCUACAUUGAAUCUAAUAUAACUCCUACAGUAAAUCUAACUCCCAGAUUAAAUCUAAUCUAACUCCUAGAUUAAAUCUAAUCUAACUCCUACAGUAAAUCUAAUAUAACUCCUACAUUAAAUAUAACUCCUACAGUAAAUGUAACUCCUACAUUAAAUCUAAUAUAACUCCUACAGUAAAUCUAACUCCUAGAUUAAAUCUAAUCUAACUCCUACAGUAAAUCUAAUAUAACUCCUACAUUAAAUAUAACUCCUACAGUAAAUGUAACUUCUACAUUAAAUCUAAUAUAACUCCUACAGUAAAUCUAACUCUUAUAUUAAAUCUAAUAUAACUCCUACAGUAAAUGUAAUCUAACUCCUACAUUAAAUCAAAUAUAACUCCUACAGUAAAUCUAACUCCUACAUUAAAUCUAAUCCAACUCCUGCAGUAAAUGUAAUAUAACUCCUAUAGUAAAUCUAACUCCUAGAUUAAAUUUAAUCUAAUUCCUACAGUAAAUGUAACUCCUACAGUAAAUCUAAUAACUCCUACAGUAAAUCUAACUCCUACAUUAAAUCUAACUCCUACAUUAAAUCUAAUAAAACUCCUAAAUUACAGCUAAUAUAACUCCAACAGUAAAUCUAACAAUUACAGUAAAUCUAACUCGUACAUUAAAUCUAAUAUAACUCCUACAGUAAAUCUAACUCUUAUAUUAAAUCUAAUAUAACUCCUACAGUAAAUGUAAUCUAACUCUUACAUUAAAUCUAAUAUAACUCCUACAGUAAAUGUAAUCAAACUCCUACAUUAAAUCUAAUAUAACUCCUACAGUAAAUCUAACUCCUACAUUAAAUCUAAUCUAACCCCUACAGUAAAUGUAAUAUAACUCCUAUAAUAAAUCUAACUCCUAGAUUAAAUCUAAUCUAAAUCCUACAGUAGAUCUAAUAACUCCUACAGUAAAUCUAACUCCUACAUUAAAUCUACAAUAACUCCUACAGUAAAUCUAACUCCUACAUUAAAUCUAAUAAAACUCCUAAAUUAAAGCUAAUAUAACUCCUACAGUAAAUCUAACAAUUACAGUAAAUCUAACUCCUACAUUAAAUCUAAUAUAACUCCUACAGUAAAUCUAACUCCUACAGUAAAUCUAACAAUUACAGUAAAUCUAACUCCUACAUUAAAUCUGUUAUAACUCCUAUAUUAAAUCUAACUCCUACAGUAAAUCUAACUCCUACAUUAAAUCUAAUAUAACUACUACAGUAAAUCUAACUCCUACAUUAUAUCUAAUAUAACUCCUACAGUAAAUCUAACUCCUACAUUAAAUCUAAUAUAACCCCUACAGUAAAUCUAACUCCUACAUUAAAUCAAAUAUAACUCCUACAGUAAAUCUAACUGCUACAGUAAAUCCCAACAUAGUCUGUUGAUAUAUGAGGUUAAAAAAUAAAUGUUUUAUGCGCUUGUUUUUAAUGGCAGAAAACAUAACACACGUACUAUUUUUAGCCCUCAGAGUGGAAUGUUUGAAGUGAAGUAAUUGGAGCUUUAAUUGAAGCUGAUCAAGAGUGAUGGAUCAAACGCAGAUAAUAAUUUGGCCACUUCUAGUAUGUGUGUGACAAUCAUUGCUACUUUACUUAAUUAGGUUAAUUAACACCAUCGAUUUUUAUUUAUUUUUUAUUUUUGGAGCAAUUAGAUUAAAAAAAAUAAAAUCCCACAAAAAUUCCUGGGGAUCCAUAAGAUGAUCACAAAAGUCUUUAAAAUAAAUUAUUUCUUAAAAAAAACAAAAACUUUUAAGGCUUAAAUUUAUGGAUCAAUUUCUGAUCUAUUCGUCCAUUAGAAGUUUUUAUAAUUUUUUUGUUUGUUUUAUGCCCUUUUUGUCAAGGAAAAUUCUUGUUUUUAAAUAAUAGCAAACACCCCAAAUAUUUUGAAAGGUGAAUAUUUGAUCUGACUAACGAGCCUUGACUUGCUCAAUAUUGCAUAACAUUGAUUUGGAUUCAUUAUUACGGAAGAGGAAAAGAAAAGAGUUUCCUUAUUUUCCACUUUUUCUUGCCUUUUUGUUAAAGGUAUUUUGCAGCAGCAGCGUGGGCGUGCUCCUGUGGCCCUUGAUGUGCCUCGGACUGGAAGUCUUGAAUCAAGACUCGUGUAAAUACUGUAUAUUACGCAAUGUUUGCAUUCUUCAGGGAAUAAAGGAUUUAUUUUCUAGCUUCUUCCAGAAAGUGCCUUUUGUUGUAAAACUUCUAUUUAAAUGAUAAAUGGGUUGUACUUGUAUAGCGCUUUUCUACCUUCAAGGUACUCAAAGGACUUUUGACACUACUUCCACAUUUACCCAUUCACACACACACUCACACACUGAUGGAGGGAGCUGCCAUGCAAGGCGCUAACCAGCACCCAUCAGGAGCAAGGAUGAAGUGUCUUGCUCAGGACACAACGGACGUGACGAAGUUGGUACCAGGUGGGGAUUGAACCAGGGACCCUCAGGUUGCUGGCACGGCCACUCCACCACUUCGCCACGCCGUCCCUAUUCUAUUAUUCCAUAUAUUUGUUCUAUUUCAGCACAUUGAAAAGAAGUGCUUGCCACAAGAAGUUGUGGAGCCCAGGCUCUUCAACUAGCAACCUCGCAGCAGCACCAGUGUGUCAAUGUGGAGUCCAGGCUCUUCAUUUUUAAAGGGGAACAUUAUCACAAUUUCAAAAGGGUUAAAAACAAUAAAAAUCAGUUCCCAGUGGCUUGUUUUAUUUUUCAAAGUUUUUUUCAAAAUUUUACACCUCCCGGAAUAUCCCUAAAAAAAAGCUUUAAAGUUCUUGAUUUUCACUAUUUGCGAUGCGACUGUCCAUUUCCCUGUGACGUCAUACAGGGCUGCCAAUGUAAACAAACAACGGCG